UUUACAGAAAAUGGAAACUCUCUUCUUCAUAAAGGCAAAAAAAAUCGAAGUCUUUCUGCCGAGCAUGAUGAAGAUACUGGAAGCUGGCAGUGAAGAUGAGAAGCUGAAGGUCAUUGUGGUCUUCCACAAUCUCCUGCGUCAGCUGAAAAAGUCAAAGGCCAGCUCCAUCACUGUGGCACUGGUGGGGAAGAUCAUACCCCUCUUUGACUCGCAUGAGUGUGGCCAGCUGCGAGAGCUCUCCCUCUGGCUCCUCAGAGACCUGCUGAGGUCCGUGGUGAGAAGGGAUGAGAAGAAGAUGGGGAGGGAGAUGCAGAAUGCACUGAUCCCGCUCCUCUUCCGCUUGAACGACCAUCUCCCCAGCGUGGCCAAGGCUGCCAGGGAAGCCCUUUUUGCUGCUGCAGAGCUUCUCAAAUGGAAGCAGCUCAAGCACCUGCUGCAGAGAGAGCGGAUGUGGGAGCUUGGAGAAUGCUUGUUGAUGAGGAGGGGGAGCAGGGUUGAAGAGUACAUGAAGCAGAGCCUGCCCUACCUGAAGGACCCUCAGUCCUCCGUGCGCCUGGCAGCCGUCAGGUUCAUCAGGAUCGCCACGAGGCACGUGAGGAACCAGGACCUGGAGACUCAGACUCAUAUCCUCACUGCCCUUCAGCCCCUGGAGAAGGACAGGGAUAUCUCAGUCAGUUCCCUGGCAGCCCACACACGCUUGAUCCUCAGAGCUCCGAGGGUGCAGCGAAGAUCAUCGGUGAUUCUACAAAUGCUGUGCUGCUGGUGCCGGUGAGCUCAGCAGGGCUGCAGCUUUCUCUGGAUUAAUAAAGGUGGAAAAAAACACUUCCAAGCCCAUGGUAUCCUUCAGAUGUGUAGUGCCCUGAGUGUGCUGAGCAGACUGUGUCCUCCUUAGCCUGUCCCACAGGCAGUGGGAUGCUUCCUCCUCACAUCCCUGCCAUCCCAAAAUGCCCCACUUGGCCCCAAACUGGGGGGAACAAGGCCCCAGAUUUCAUGCAGAGGGCUUCAAAUGGCAUCCCUGGUACCCCCAAAUGUUCCCAUGGACCUUGAAUUUUAUCUGCAGAGCCCCACAGUGUCCUUGAUGUACUCCAAAUUCCAUUCCAUGUAUUUCAAAACGCCCCCCUGAGUUCUGGAGUGCAGCUUUGGGACCCCAAAUUGUCUCUGGCAGCCGCACCAGGUACGGGAUCAUGAGGGGAUGCUCAGCCCAGAGCUCACCUCAGUGGGUCCCAGAGCUCUCAGGGGAGUGCCAGGGACUUGAAGCUGGAAAUGAUUGAAGCACUCUGUUUGAAAUGUGCCAUCUCUUUUUUUUCCACCAAAACAAACCUCCACACACUGUGGGGAAAGGCUCCAGCUCCCCAGCACUCAUCCCAAACAGUGAGGAGGUGAUGGCAUCCCCAGGCACUGGCAACAGCAGCAGAGGGUCUGAGGAGCGAGGAGUGGGCACCUGGGGGAGGAACCAGCGGG